AUGUCUGCAAGCUUGCCGCCGUCGGCCUCUUCUGUUCAGUUUGGACUUGUCAUUGUUGCCAUUACCGGUAGAGGCUGCGGGGCAAUCAUGUCUCUUCUGGAUGGCUUUGAUGACGAGCCGCCGGCACGCGUGCCCAAAAACACGGAGGGCCUGGUCCACCAGCCAAGGGUUGCACGCUGGGCACAGCAGGCACAAGGCAGCAUCACGGUGUCGCACAAAGACAUGAAGACCUGCCAGCUUGCAGACGACAUCUCGCACGUUCAGGCAUGCAAGGAUCCGGCAACUUGUCCCCGCUGCUUGUUUCUGCGGCAGAGGGACCAUUGGUGCGAGGCAGGGCUAUACCAGAUUGACCUAGUUGCCAGCUUGACGUCGGAUCGCUCUGCAGCGGGGACGUGGUUAGAAGCGAGGAUGUGCAGCAAGAACCGCUGGGGCUUGGGCUGCUUCGUGUGCCGACAAGCGGGCUUCAUUUCACCGUGGGCCGAAGGCCGUGUGCAGACGCUGUCACUGGGUAAUGUGCGAAGGCAUGGCAACAGCAGCCAGCACGCGCGUGCGGCCAAGCAGGCUGGCUUUGAUGGAGUGGACGACGACGAGGAUGCCGCGCCAAGCUUGGAAAACUUCACAAAGGUGCUGCAAGCACGUUUGGAGGGUCGGCCUCUUUGCAGCAAGGUCGAGGGCAUGGGCUCUUGGAAGAUUGGCAAAAUGACGUUCUGCUUGGCCGAGGCUGCCCGCGAGAAGACACGACAGGAAAUUCGGGGAGCUGAGUCCAUAGCGCUCAAGAUGGACUCACGCGAAGGAAUUUUGUUGCUGAGGUAUACCUGCUGCGACAAGAGCCUGACUAUCAGCAGGGGCAUGGUGGGUUUCAAAUUCGUACCAGAAAGAGAGACUUCAUCUGCUUUGGUGGCCAGUGUCCGUCGCGUGCUGGAGGAUCUGUGCACCAGCGGCAUUGACGGCCAAGUGGACGUGGCUUUGGUCAAUCAUUUCCGCGAGAAAGUGGAGGUCGUCUGUGCUGACAAGGCUUCCAACGAACAAGUUGCUGGUCGCAUGAGCCGUACCGGGCCGUCGGCUUUGUUCCCGAAUAGCAAGGUUGUCAACCACGACUCGAGCCAUGCAAUGCAACGGGUGCUCAAACGCCCUUGGGCGGCGGUGGAGCCGAUCCAACGCAUUCUCGAGGAGUGGGUCACCGGCGCCAACUCUGUCACUCAGAUGAUUGAACACAGCCACGGCAUGGCCAGCGUGUACCGGAGCUACGUUCAGAAGCUCGAGGUGCCCAUUAACGCGAAACGCAUCCGAGAUCUUCGCGCUGCAAAGCAUCGGUUCUCUUCGUUGCAGAAGCCAUUGGGCCGGGCCGUUUUGACCUUCGAUGCCAUGCUUUCUACGAUACUGUGGGCUGCAGCACAUCGGACCGGUGCAGAAAGAGACAGAUGCCUGGCUUGCUUGGCAUCGUUGUCCGAGGAAGGCCUCAUACUGCUCGCGAUGGCUGCAGACAUCUCAGACGAGAAUAUGAGGGUGCUCCGUUUGUGCGAUCAGGAAGAGUUCGACGCGGCCGAAUUUCCUCAGGAGCUUGGCUGCCUGAUGGACAGGCUGCACUUCCUCAUCAACAAGGGCGGUGUGCUUUCUCAAGGAUACACGCAGUACAUGAUCGAGUACUUGCAAGAUCAGCGUGGUUUCUUGCUGAAGAAUGAGGCGAGAACCCUUGGUGGAGAGGGUCGUGUGAACGGAACGAUGCUGGCAGGCUGCUGUGAGAUCUUCAAGGCAUAUGUCCGCCUUGCUGUGCAUACAGUGGAGCAGGAGUUUCCAUACCACGAUGUUUUGAGUGCCAUGUCUGUCUUGAACAUCCGCGAGAAGCGCAAGAAUGAAGACAGUUUGGAACACCUCAUGUGGACGGAACACCGCCAGGCCAGCUUGGAAAGAUUGGCGCAGGUCUGCCAUCAGGAUCCGCAAGCGUUGCGAGAUCAGUUUAUGGAUCUGGAGCCCAUCGCACGCUACGAGGUUUCUGUGAACCAUUGCACCAGCUUCGAGGGUUGGAGGGCAGCCGCGCUUCGCUGCCGUGCUAGCAAGCCACAGGUGCGACAGCGCCACAAGAUUGACGCGAUCUUGCCCGUUCUCAUCAAAUACGGCUGCUUCUGUGGGCUCUCCACAUCGGGUGUGGAACAAAGCUUUUCGAAGCUGCAGCGCUUUCAACCCAAGGAACGAAAGUGCAUGCUACCCACUACAGCGGAAGACGAAGCGUUCCUGAUGCUCCUGCACGACUGCUCGGUGCACGAGUGGCUAUCGCAGCGCGCGCGGCAGAUUUGGCUUGACAACUUCGGCAAGCCCCGUGCCAGCUGCGCGACGCGCCUCGACCGUGGGGAUCCUCAGUCCGAGAAGGCUUUCAUAAAGAGGCGCCGGAUGGAGGUCGACAAAGGCGCUCUGCCCGUGGAUCCAGCAGAGGUGCUGCAGGCCGCUGAGAAUGGCUGCUGGGUCAGCCAAGCUGUUUUAGACGAAGAAGGUUGGCAAGUCAGCGAGAAGUACGGCAACAAAGUCAUGGCCUACCUGGACGGAGCUCUGCUCGAGUCCGAAGUGGACUUGGCUUUGGUGGAGACGGCCGUGGCUUUAAGAACGCAUCAAGAGCGUCUCGAUGCUGGGCGAGUAGCACGCGAGAAUGCUAUCGUGCAGCAGCUCCGGCCAAAGAAAGUGAACGUGCAAGCAGGCUCCUUCUACGUGGCAGAUGCAAGAUGGGUGGCCGAGCACGGCCUGAGCAACUCCCGCGCCACCGUGACUCUUUCUGAGGCCUCGCACUACGUGGUUGCGGACCCUGGGGACCCGGGCAUGCCGGUGUUGUUUGCUGCAGUGCUUCAGGGAGGGCUGUUAUGCAAUGUCGAAUACGCACGAUCCAAGGGCAACUCUGGGGUGGCCUUUGCGUUCGAUGCUGCCCUACUAGUGAAGCGCUUCAUUUUCCUUUCAACAGCAUUCCUGCGGUCGGAGUCGCAGGUUGCUCAGGUGGUCCUGGAAGCAGUCAGCCGUGCAGAGUCGAAAUGGUCGCAAAUUCAUGCAUUGGACGAGUUUGUGGAAAGAAGUUUGCGUUUCCGUGGGCAGAAGAAGAACUUCCUCUGCGUAGGGCUCUUCGCUGAUAGCGAAGAGCACAAGAUAGCAGGGGAGCCCAACAUGUUCACGAAGAAAGGGUUCCUGAAAUUUGUAUGCAAGUCUGCGGUUGCGAUGACUGGGGUUCGUUGUUGA